AUGAGAAAUAAAACAUUCUUUUUAUAAAAAUAUGAUUAAAAUUUGCUUGUUGAUAGCCAGUCUUUUCAUUUUGAAUAGCUACCAAACGAAUUUAUAAAUAGCAUCUUAUUUUACAGCAAGUUCGUUUUCAACAACAGAAGGUAUUACUAAAUAUUCCUUGAAAUAGGAUGGGGAAUUAUAGGAUCAUCAGCUAUUUUCGAUGCGCAAAUGGGUAAAUCCGUUUUUGGAGGUUCCAACGGUUUUGCAGUUGGAACAACCAUUUACAAAUUAGUUUUGGUUCCCUAAGCUCACCACACUCUAAGAAUGAAGUUCAGAAUUUGGGCGAUAAAUAAAUGGGAAAGUGAAUAUAUAGUCAUCAAGGCUGAUGGAGUAGUAGUGAACAAACAAUUGGUUCACUCUAGUUUGACGUCAAAUUUUGCUCAAUAUUUAUUUUAAGAAAUCUUUUUCUUCCACUCAGGUCCAUCUGUUCUCCUAGAAAUUACAUCAACUUUGAAUGAGGCAAAUAACAAUGAAUCAUGGGGAGUUAGAGACAUUGAAAUUUAUGCAGUAACCUGUCCUACUGGGUGCGACUUAUGCAGUUACUCAGAUACAUCCGACACCUGUUCUCAGUUUUAAUUUACAACCUCCAAUUUUGCUACAGACACGUUUAGCACAAAUCAAGGAUGGGUUGUAGAAGACUAUGUUGUAUAACAACUGUUAUGUGAUAAGAUCUAAUUGUUUGGAUAUUUCCCAACUGGAGUUUCAAUCUAUAAGAGAUAUUUUUUGGAAACAUCAUUUUAUAAAGUAAAGGUGAAGUUUCAAUUCUGGAAAAUUGAUGCAAUUGCCACCUCCAAUACUCAUGCCCUCUAUGCUAAUGGAGAUUUAAUAUGGACUUAUGACAAAACUAAAUCCAAGACAUUGAAUAUAUGCUCAGUUGCAACAAGUGAAGAAUACACUAAUGUGGAUGUUGAAUUUGAAUCGAAUUCCCAAUUGAUUACAUUUUAGUUCUUUUCUGAUUCAGUUGCAGGAGAAUAUUACGGAAUUAGAGACUUUUAUAUUUAUGUGUUGCUUUGUGAGGAUUAAACAGCCUUGUGUUCAAAAACCUCAACAUAAAUUGUUGCUGAUCCUGAUUUGAUUGACUUUUAAUUAAGCGUUUCUUCACUAGUCAGUUCUAUUGCAGCAAGUUUACCUCCUUAAUGGUCAUCAUAUCAAUCCUUCUCUGCAACAUCCAGACUUACCCAAUCUUCUUGCACAGAGGCAGCAGUUCCCAUCUAAUACAUGUCAUUAUAUGAUAAAUUGUACAAGGAUUUUGUUUUUAAUCCUCAUAAAACACUCAAGAUAAUCUUUUAUUUGUAUUCACAAUCCAGAGAAAAUAAUGUCCUCUUAUAUGUUGAUGACGCUCUAGCAGAUACAAUUACAAUUGGAUAUAGUUCUAAUGAUAUAAAUUGUGCAGCGAGUGGCUACGGGGAUAAGUUUGAAGAGUACACUCUGUAUGCCAUAGAGAUCGAUCAUACUGCUUUAAUGAGUAGGAUUUCAUUUAUAGGCCUUACUUAUACAGGAGGAAACUUCUUGCAAGGAUUCAAUAAAUUUGAAGUCUACACAGGCAAUUGUGAUUGUAAUGCCUGCACUGAUUCAGGUGCUUGUCAAACAGUGUACUCUCUGGUUGAUAUUGAUUUUGCUUAAGAUACCCUUACAGAUAACGAGAAAUGGCAACUCAUAUCAUAUAGUAUCUUAGCUACAACUUGUAAUUCGAAAGAAAUCUUGGGAGGGUAUAAUGUUCUCAGUUAUACAUAACAAGUAAGAGCCUUGUAUAAAUCAUUGCCAACACAUAACUCAAAGAGAAUUCAGAUGAAUGUUUAUUUCAUCGGUAAUUGGGCAAACACUGAAUAUCUAGUUAUCCUCCUUGAUAACAAUGAAAUUUGGAGACAGAAGGUCCUUAAAGCAAAUUAUGCAUCUCAACUUUGUUCUGGUGGUGGCCCUUCUUACUAAAUUGUCGAAAUAGACUUAUUCAUAAGUCACUCUACGACUGAUUUUACUUUAAUAUUCAAAAUUGACUCAGGAAGUGGAGAUGAAUAUUGGGGAGUAAGAGACUUUUUCAUUUCAACAUCAAAUUAAAUCAUAAGUUGAAUCAUAAAUAUUACAUAUAAAUCUAUAAAAAUUAAUUAUUCGUACA